GGGGGGGGGCGCAGCGGGGAGCUGCGGGACAGGUUCUGGCUCGUGAUCAGGGAGGACGGGCACAUGGUGACAGCUCGCCAGGAGCCGCGGCUCGUCCUUAUUUCUACCAGCUGUGAUGACGGGCACCUGGUCUUGGAGGCCGGGGACAUGGAGAGGAUAAGCGUGCCUGUACAGCUCCCCAAGAAAAACCCCGUCCGCAACUGCAGGGUGUUUGGACAGGAUAUCCAAGGCAGGGACUGUGGUGAUGAAGUGGCUCAGUGGAUCACCACCUUCCUGAACUCAGAGCCGUGUCGACUGGUGCACUUUGAGCCCUCCAUGGUGCCAAGAAAGUCAAAGGACACAAUAGCCCUUUUCCGAAACACAGAUGAGGUUGCCUAUCCUGACUGCAGCCCAGUCUUGAUGAUCUCUGAAGCUUCAAUGGACGAUUUAAAUACCAGGCUGGAAAAGAAAGCUAAGAUACAGAACUUCAGGCCAAAUAUUUAUGUAACAGACUGCAGUGCUUUUGAGGAGGACACCUGGGAGGAUGUUCUUAUUGGUGAUGUGGAGAUGAAAGGGACCGUGUGUUGUGGCAGGUGUAUUUUAACCACCGUUAAUCCAGACACUGGGAUCAUUGACAGGAAGGAGCCCUUGGAAACAUUGAAAAGCUACCGCUUAUGUGACCCGUCCGAGAGGCACAUUUACAAAACCAGCCCUCUCUUUGGGAAAUACUUUGCUGUUAACAAAACUGGAACGAUUCAAGUUGGAGACCCUGUGUACAAGAUGGUCUGGGAAUGAAGGAGACUUUGAUCAGAAGAUGUUUUUUUACUUUGAUAUGCAGGUUGUUUUUCCGUGUACACAGUCACCAGCAUAACUUUUUCUUCUUCCUUGCAAUAUUUUUUGUGCUUUUUAAGGUGCAGGAGGUUCUUUGAGCCUGUGAAGUGCCAGUCAUUUCAGAUCAUGUAAUCUGCUGGCUCACCUUGUAGUAGCCACAUCUUUAGUUUUCCUGGAGGCUAUUGUAGAAGAAACUGAUCCAAGACAGACUUCACAGCACUACUGUGAGCAUAACACCUCCUAAAAUUUCAUGUCAACUCCAAUAUUGGAAUCCAAAAUCAUGUACAAGGGUUUACAUCAUGUCUUCGAUACAUUUAGUGCCUAUAAACAACCACAAAAACAUUCAUGCCAAGCACAAAUUAUGUUUGUCACAGAGCUGCCUUUACAAGUGAUCAUGGAAUGCAGAUGGCAGGGCUCUGCUUCCUGCCUUUGGUCCUAAUCCUUAAGGGUUGGAUUCUACCCUCCUUUUGUCCUAAUCAUCUUGCCCUGUCUAUGUCUGGAGGUAGUUUUUAGCAGUGUUUCUUUCUUUGAAGUUGUUUCCUGAAGAUUUCUACUGUCUCUUGAGAUUGGAGCAAUAUUAGAAGGAGGAUUGUGAGCUGACUAAAUGAUAGUCAGCCUGGAUGUAGGGGUGCAGGCAAUCACGUGUAAGGCUGUGGGCUUGUUUAGUUUGUGACCUCUGCUUGACAGUUUGAACUGUCAAUUUUUUAUCCUGUGGACAGUAGCAUAACACUGAGGCUGUGGAGUAGUGAUGCAUUUGCUAACAUAGCAGUAGAAUUUCCAGUUUGACUAAAAGAACUGGAUGUUCACUGUGUUAGAGACUUCAUGCACAUUGAAGGGGAAGAAAAGCCGUAGGGAGUGAUCUGAUAUUGAGUCUGCCCUGUUCAAGCUGCUGUCCAGGCCAGUAUUGUAAGGCUCAUGCACAGCUCCUCUUUGGCUCAGUGAAUCCCUUUGUGUAGAAAGUUAGGCUGCUAAGCAGAUGUUUGGGAAGCUGCAGUUAGAGCAUGUUAGCAUCCUUAUUGUUUCUGCAUUUAAAUCUCUGAUUGUCCCCUAUCUUGUUCCAAUCUAACCAAAAUGUCAGCUGUUUGUAGGAAGCUGAUAAUUAUAUUUCCUACUGCAUAAAACAAGUAAGGGAAAAAAACUAGUUGAAUUAGAACAGUGUUAUCUUUCCUUUAAAUGUUACUUGAUGUUUUAAAGUGGCCUCCAGGACAAAAGCUUGCCAUCUCUCAAAUGCUUGUCUGCUUGUUUCUUUUUAUGGAUACUAAAUUUGAAAAGAGUGUUGCCCUAGCCUAAAAGAGGAAUCAAAUUAAGUGUGAAGAAUGACAAACAUGAUCCAAUCUAAUGUUUAGAUUCUUAAUUUUCUAUUUUAAGUAUGAAAAGGGAAUUUUGAUGUAUGUUCACAACUCAGACCUGAAAAAUGAAGGGUCACUGAGCUUUGAGUAAGUGCAGGUGGAUGUAUGUGCCAAGCCUGAAGCAAUCAGGUUGGGGAGGUAGUUUUAUGUUAUUUGUGAACUCAGAGUUGCUCUGAAUGCUGUUUUGUCAGCAGGGUGCUUUGUAAGUAUUAAGUUUUCCUGGGACAGACAAGUGCCCAAUUUGAAGUGCAUGUUGCAUAUUUGUGUAUUAUGCCUGAAGCAGCAACUAGUGGGAAGAAGUGAGGGAAAAGGCAUCUUUUGGAAUGAAAAAGAAUUCUGAGGUUCACUCUUAAAAAGCACGUGUUGGAAGUUCUUAGUGUUAGAAGCUGGAAGCUUGUGGAAUUCCUUAAGCACAGGCAGCCUGCUGGCCUGCCAAAGCAAUUAGUUAAGAGUGUUUCUUCAUUAAGUCGAGGAAGUGGAAGGAAAAAGCUGAUUUUUUGGCUUCUGGCCAAACUUAUAUUUUCCAUUGUUGUUCUAGCAGCGCAUCAGCAUUUACAUAACACAAAUUGUGCAGUAUAGAUCCCAUUGCCUCUCAUUAGACUGCUGUUGAUUGGGCUGAUUUGGAAAUGGGGCUGUCUUUGCAAGGAGAAACUGCCAUUUGCAUCCCUGCUUGGGAGAUCUAAACCCCUGAUUUACUCCUGUAAACCUCUUAGCAGAAUGUGGCUGGAAUCCUAGAACAGGUAUGCAUCUGAGUACAACAUGGUUCACAGAUGACAAUCAUGUGGCCAUUUUGUGAAGUUGAGAGCAUGAGUUAGAACAUUGCCCUGUAAAUAUCUUCUGAUGACUGUUGAUUUGCUGUAACUGUAGGAAUUGUGUUUGAUUUUGUUUAAGCAAUUUAGAAAAUUGACUGAAAAGUGUCAAUCAUAAGCCACUGUUUUUAAAAUUGUGUACUUAAACAGUUGUUAAUUAUUUUUAACUCUAGAGGAAGAAAACAAAAGUAUAAACUUGUAAUAAAUCCAACU